GCUGAUACGAGGAACCAAGUACAAUCAGACUCUCCGAGUCACAACUGCACGUUGCCAUGUAAACCUACCGAACGUUCUUAGUCUCACUUCAGUCUGGUCUGUCUGGAGUUUCUUAUACCCUGCCCUCCUGAUUUUCUCGGGUUUUUGUGUUUUUUGGCGUGUUACCACACUUCCCACUUAACAGCCGAAUAUUUGAACAUACGUGGAUUUCCUCCUGCCAAAAUCAGUGGGCAGUGCCAGUUUGUGAUUAUUUCCUCUCUUAUGGCGCAAUAUCCGAUCCGUCGUUCACCAGUUCACCCCAGUCGAGCGUACGUGUUUAGUAUUCGUGAAACGGUUUGCUUUUAACCUGAGAGUAGUGUUACGAGUGUACGGCCAAUAGUGAUCAUUAGUGUACAUUGAUACUCUCAGUGGAAUACACCUGCGGAGUUGUAUGAAAAAACGAAGAAACCUUCCGAUCGGGUGGUUGUCGUGUUGAGAGUGCCACAACACCCCAUUCAUUGUCGUAUACCUACAACAGUCAGGUAUAAGGGCCGCCUUGCUGGUGUAAGGGUUGGGUUAACUAAACCUACCUUCAGUUUCCCUGUUCCCUGGAAACACAAAAAUGGACAAGUACUACAAUGCCGAUGAAGAAUAUUAUGAAACCAAUCGUCGGAAGGAAGAGUUGGAAAAAAACCUCUUUGCCAUGAAGGACAUGUUGAGACAGUUAAAUGAAGCUCAAGAAGAUGCAUCACCAUCAGCUAAUUAUCUUCGUGGUCCACAUGGACAUAAUAGAGGACCUCAGGGAAACAGAAGAGGGAGGGGCAGAGGAAGAGGCAGAAGACCCAUGGGAAGGUUUCGAAUCAACAAUCCAAUUGUGGAUUCUGAAAGAGAAAGUCCGAUGCAGAAAUGCUUUCAAAAUCCCUUUGAAGACUUGGGAGGGCAGUGGAUUCCAGAACAAGGUUAUCACGAUUAUUAUACAGAUCCAAGUAAAGGUUGGAAUUCAAGAGGAGGUUUUAGCCCAGGUAGAGGCCAUAGGGAUAGAAGAGACUCACAAGGAGAAAGAUACCAAAGUCCACUUUCAGGAUUUACUCCCCGUGGCGUGAAUCGUUACCAUCCAGAGCAUGGAGAUGCUCAUAUAGACAACAUUAAACAGCAAAUUACAAGGCAUAAUCCCUCUCAUGGAAUCAGACCUCAGUUUUUGGCUGAGACCCUAGCUAACUAUCAGAAUUUUUCUUGUAGUCUUCUGAAGCUUCUAGAGCAGAGAAAUAUACCUCCACCAGCAGUAAGAGAUGUUGCCCAUAGGUUCCCUCAUAUUUUUGCAUUGAUUGCUGAGGAAAUAGCUUUAAGGCCAAAGAUUAGAUUAUGCCAAGGUCAUAAUAAUCAUGAAGGAUGUCAAAAUCAAGAAUCUUGUGAAGGUUUGCAUAUUUGUGCAAAAUAUGUCAUGGAUGUAUGUUAUGAAAAGACUUGUAUCUUUGGCCAUCGAUGGCGCACAGGCCACAACGAUCCAGUGUUACGUACAUUUUUUCUAGAAAAACUUCCGUUUCCAGCACUGCGGGAACUAGUGCAACUUCAGGGUGCUACUCCGGCUUCCGUGGGCCCUCUUGAUGUUUGUAGUGGUUACAAUGGAAAAGAAGGAUGCAAUCAUAAGAACUGUUCUUCCCUUCACAUAUGUCGCACUUUUGUAACUGAACUCACAAGCUGUAAAAUCUCAAUGUGUCCACUCAGCCAUGACCUUCUUAGUCCUGACUGUAAACAGUUGCUAGAGCAACAUGGAAUAGCAAGCAAUGAAGCACCAAGGGAUAUACUAGUAGCACUUCUUAAUAAAAAUCCUUCUCUUAGAAACAAAAAGCAAAGUUCAUCCAAGGCACAGAAUAAAGACCGCUUUGGCAAUGGCAGUGAUGAAGAUGAUGCCCCCUUAAGAAAUAUUGCUAAAAAUGAGAAAACUAAGCAUACCUCAGAACAUUUCAAAGGUAAGGAGAAUACUAAAUCAAAGAAUACCAACAGAAAAGAAAGAGAUUCUUCAGAUUUAGAAAAUGAAAGCUCAUUAAAUAAAAGUGAUAAUGACAGUGAGACUGAUGAAAAGAAAACAAGAACAGGUGGCUCAAAAAUAAACAAACAGAGAAUAGCAGUGGAGAGUGUCAAGUCACCAAGGGAGAGUAAAUCUAAAAUGAAUCCAGCCCCAAUAAAACCUGAAAUUCGCAAAACUUUUUGGUCCCAUUACCUUCAAGGUGAUGUCCCUGUUCCUGAAAUAUGUUAUCACUCAGUAGAAAGCAGCUGUUCUAAUGAGGGAACCGGUUGUCAGCGCCUGCAUGCCACGAAACAUUUCCAUUGGCAAGUGAAAGACCAAAAUUCCCGUUGGCUGAACUUGCGAUCAGAUCAAGUUGCUUGUUUAGAAUAUGCUUUCUGUGACCCUGAAAAUUCAAAUGCAGAGUUACCUCGUCUUGAUCCAGCCACUUUAGAAUAUUCAGUCAGUGGCUUAUUUAUCCUCAUGGGUCGUGAGAGUUGGCAAGCAGAUUUUAACUCGAUGAUGAUUAGCAAUACCAACAAAACAAAGACCCUCAAUAUUCGCAGACUGACUACUGGAGCUACUGAUGGGCAAAAAAUGAAACCUGCAACCUAUAUAUGGUAUUUUCUAGAUAAAAAUAAUAAAUGGGUUAAGUAUGGUGAUGUUGAUACUGCUGGAGCCUCCCAUUUAGUCAGCAGUAUAACUUCAGAUGACAUUGAAAAGCAGUAUUUACAAGAUCCAAAGUCAUCAAUGCCUUUUAUAAAUUCAAAAUUUUCUUACCUCUUGGAUUUUAAGUCAAUGACACAAAUGAACAUUACCACUCGUGCAACACGGAAGAUAAUGCGAAGACCACUUCCUCAUCUUCAAGAUCAAGAAAGAGAAGAGAAGAGGAAGAAAGGAGUUGUUGAUUUGCCAGAAUCAUGGGAAAAAAUGCAACCAGAAGUGCGUGUAAGUCUGGUUACAUUGGCACCAUCAUCCAAUGAGUAUACAACUAUUGUUAGUCUUCUAAGGGGAAGAAUCUCAACUUCAAAAGUUCUGAAAGUUCAGAGGGUGCAGAAUCCUUACCUUUGGAGAGCAUUCCAGAACAAAGUGAAAGAAAUGAUGGCAGUAUACAAAGAUGAGUCCAAAGUCAAUGUUUGUCAAUUGUUCCAUGGAACACCACAUGAUGUUGUACAUAACAUUUGCUCUGAAAACUUUGACUGGAGACUUCAUGGUACAAAGUCAGGUCAGAGUUUUGGCCGUGGGUCAUAUUUUGCUGUUAAUGCUGAUUAUUCUUAUAAUUAUGCCAGUCCUGAUAGCUCCAACUUACGAUACAUGUUUGUUGCACGUGUAGCUGUGGGAACUGUAACUCGAGGAAAUUCUCAAAUGGUUCGACCCCCAAUAAAUCCACAAACUUUAGUUCUUUUUGAUUCCACUGUGGAUAGUGUAUCAAACCCAACUAUCAUUGUUAAGUAUGAUAAACAGGAGUACUACCCUGAAUAUCUUGUAACUUUGACAUAAGUUUCAUUUAUGUAUUAUAAUGGCAACAUUUAUGAAUUUGUGUUUAUUCUGUAAGGUAUUCCAGAGCAUGGAGUUUUAUGUGGUUUCAAUUUUCUGUUCUCAUAUAUUGAAAUACUGUAUAUUGUAUAAUUAGAGGAAAAAUAAAAUUUUCAUGAACUUUCUGAAUAAAUAGCUACUUUUA